AUGGCGCCUAUACCAAUAACAAUCAUCACCGGCUUCCUGGGCUCAGGGAAAACGACUCUUCUCCUUAACCUCCUUCCCCAGCUCCGCGCCGCAAACCCCACCUACAAGCUCGCCCUCCUCAAGAACGAGUUCGGCGAUGUCGCGAUCGAUAGCCAGCUAGCCACGUCAUCCGCCAUCUCUGGUGUACAAGAGCUACUCAACGGUUGCAUAUGCUGCAACUUAGUUGGGCAGCUCUCGGAGGCACUCGCCGAGCUGCAGAAAUCCGUUACGCCGGAUCGUAUUGUCGUCGAGACAUCUGGGUCGGCAUUCCCUGCCACAUUGGCGAUGGAGGUGAAUCGGUUGGCGCGGGAAACGGGGAAUUAUACUCUCGACGGCGUCGUAAGCGUUAUUGAUGUUGAGAAUUGGAAGGGUUACGAAGACACAAGUUACACGGCCAGAGUACAGGUGAAAUACACUGACUUGAUUGUGUUUAAUAAGUGGGAGAGCUGUGAUGAGCGGCGGUUCGACGAGGUUCUGGACCGAGUUGGAGAUUUGGAAGUCGAUAUUGCAUGGGUCAAGAGCGACAAGGGACGCGUUCCUGUGGAUGUGAUAUUUGGCGUAGAUGGUGGCCUCGCUCGAACUCUGACCGAGGAGGCCACGGCAAGGAAUGAACAUGGGCACGAUCACAGCCACGACCAUCAAACCGAAGUCGAAGUCCUGUCGGUCACUCUGAAGGGAAAGGAGGGAUCAGCUGUCUCCUCAGUCAAGCUGAUGGCUUUGCUAAACGCAGCCCCGAAAGACGAGGUAUACAGGAUCAAGUCGGUUUUGACGGCAUCCUCGACAGUUCGAAGUUCAGGCGAAGAUGAGUCGUUGCCUACGCCACCACAUCCCUCCCAGAGAUAUAUCCUGAAUUGGGCAUUCGGGAGGUGGACGUUCACACCACUGGCGGACGAGACUGCGGAGCACAACUCAAGCGACCAUGCGCCUUUGCGCAUGACCCUGAUUUUAGCCAGGUACGAGAGUACGAAAUGGACAAAAAAGCUGGAGAGUGGCAGCUUCUUGGAGUUGGACGGGGAAGAUAAGGGGGAGCUGAUUGUCACAAAGAUUUCAUGA